AGCCCCUUGGAAGGUCCUAGAAGAGGCCAUUUUAGGUCCUGCCCUCCAUUUUGUUUGGGCUUUGAUUUAAUUCCUCCGCUGAGCUCAGGCUCUCCUGAUGGGCCUCCGUCCUUCUCUCUGCUCCCUCCCGGGGGGCCAGAUGGAGGCUGGGCUUCCUGCCAGCCUCGUGCCUAGAUCUCCACCCCACCACUCCUCCGCGGAAGCUCGGCCCAUGGGAAGCUGCCUUCUGCUGAGUCAGAGCCUCGAUCCACCGAGCUCAGGGUUGUCUUCCCAGACUGGCAGCAGCUUCUCUGAGUAUUACGAGGAGCAGGCGAAAUUCGACGAAGAGAUGGAAAGACGUAAGAUCCGCCACCAGCUUGCCAGCCGCACAAAGCCUGCCAUUCCUCUUCCGGCCAGCAAGCCAAUGAGUAUCCAUCAGUGGGCCCAGCGGCACAGAAACUGGAGGCCACAGGAAGUGACCGUGCAGAUUUUCCGUGGCCGUGAGCAGAACACCCAGCCACUGAGGGGCCUCCACCACCAGCUUCCCAUGAGAAGUCCUCCAAUGUUCCCGGGACUUCUCAAGAAGGGAAGGAAGGAGGAGAAGCCGCCCGUGAGACCUCUGCGUGCAGCCAUCAGGUGGGAGCGCUGGGAGCACCACUUGGAGGAUUGGGAGCAGCGGCCACACCAGCCUAAGCCGAAAAGGAGAUUGCCGAGCCUGGUCCCCACCCCAUUUGGGCUGCGGCCGAAACAGAUGGACCUGCCCCGGGCUGCCAAAGAGUAUUACGAAGAGCAGGCGAAAUUCGAAGAACAUUUGGAAAGACGUAAGAUCGGCCACCAGCUGCCCAAGCGGAGGCUCUCCGCCACCAGCAAAAUGAAUCCGGCCGUGCCUCCUCAGGGCAGCAAGCGGGCCAGGCUCCUGGAGAUGCUGAGGAUCUGGCCUUUCCAAAGAGCCACAGCUGCGUCCUGCCAGCCUCCCAAUCCCCCCGCUGAAGCCAUCUGCCAAGGAAAACCAAGGGGGAUUCCCACCAUGUCCAACCCACAUCUCACAACAACAGUUCAUUUCGGGUACGAUCUCUGCGCGGCCAUCUGCACCUGUUCAGCCACCCGCAGGGGAUUCAGAUCGGCCACCAGCUGCCCAAGAGGACACUGUCCGCCACCAGCAAAAUGAAUCCGGCCGUGCCUCCUCAGGGCAGCAAGCAGGCCAGGCUGUUGGAGAGGCUCUCCAAGCGGAGGCUCUCCGCCACCAGCGGCCCGCAGCCCGCCGUCUCUCUCCCGGAGCUCAAAGGAGCCAGGCCAGACUCAAGGGAAGGCCACCGAGCAGUGGAACGGGCUCAGUUCACCCCCGGCACAGCAGC